UCCGAGGAUGUCGACCAAAUUGAAGUGGAAGAAAUCCAUGAAGUGGAUGUACAGCAGCGCCAGGUUGCGGAAUCCGAACCACAAGAACCCGUCGAACCUACGGGUCCGCCAAUGAUGGUACAGAGACCAUCGGAACCCCCAGAACCCGCGGGCGAUCUUAUGGAGCAGGUCUUUGCCGGGGUACCCCAAAUGGCCCAGAUGGCUCCAGUAAAUGUGGUUGUGGAACCGCCAACGCCAGUGAUGUUGGAAAGGGAGCCGGAACUUCCAGAGACGGAACUGGGAGUUGAACGUAAAAAUACACGCGGAAGCGCUCGGGAAGCUGUGGAAAAUAUGCCGGAUGUAUGUGAAUCUCUUGGUUUUUAUUUUGUUAUGUUUGGUGGUGGAAGAAUUAAUAUAUCCAUGUCGCACUGCAUUGCUCUAACACACAGCAGUUAG